UGGGCUUUGAAAGAGAACAGAAGGAUCAGUGAUCCAUCCAGUGCUUCUGCGGAGCUACAACCGGACAAAAAGCGUGAAUUAGUAAUUACGGAAAACCUCGGCGUUUGAUUAUCUGGAAAAACAACACGUGAUGGAUACAUUUCGUUUUUACCUCCUGUUGCAAUUAUGCGUGCUGGCAGUGUCGCAAAAGACAGCUUUAGAUUCACCGAUAAAUCUGUAUUUUUAUCGUCAAGUUCGUAAUUGGUUGGUGCAAAAUUUCGGAAUGAGAAAUGAGGAACGAUCGUUUCCAACGCGAAAUCUGGAAAUGGCUCAGGAGGAGGUUUCGAAAGACACUCCGUUUCCUUGUAACGUUACAGGUGGUAGGUCCCCUGAAAUCCCGGAGUCAGUUCACCGUUUGAGGCCAGGCGACAUAGAUGUUAUUGCCGCGAUGGGCGAUUCUUUGACAGCCGGCGCUGGACUUUAUGCGACUAAUUUGUUGGAAGUGUUCGUCGAAAAUAGAGGCGCGUCAGCAUUCAUUGGUGGCCAGGGAACUUGGCGGACACACAUGACGCUGCCUAACAUUCUUAAAGAAUUCAACCCGAAAUUAAUAGGCUACGCGUACGGAGAUUCUUUAACUACUCAAUCACCAUCGCAGUUGGACGUCGCUGAAAUUGGCGCAAUGUCCAGAGAUAUGCCGUUUAUGGCCAAAUAUCUAGUCAGGAGAAUAAAAAAUGACUCUAGGAUAGAUGUGAAGAGACACUGGAAGCUGAUUUCACUGUUCAUUGGAAGCAAUGACUUUUGUGCCGACAUAUGCACAUUUUCCUCUCCGUGGUCAAUUCUGGACAACCACAAACUUGAUCUAAUUAAUACUUUUAAAAUAUUAAGAGACAAUUUGCCAAGAACUUUGGUCGUUCUUCACAUAAUACCUCACUUGAAGGAACUUGUUGCUGCACGUAAAGGAAAAAACUUUUUGAAAUGUUAUCUGACGACUACUUUUGGAUGUCCAUGCUUGUUAGCUUUGCAAUUCAGAGAUCAAAGACAGGAGUAUUAUGAAAUAUUGCAAAGGUGGCAAGAGAUAGACGAAGAAGUUGCUGAUUAUCCGGAAUUUCAUAGAAAUGACUUUACUAUAGUAGUUUCACCAGUUCUUAAACACACAAAACUACCACGUACCGAAGAUGGACAUACCGAUCUGUCGUAUCUUUCUGCUGAUUGUUUUCACCUGAGCCAAAAAUCUAAUGCACGAUUGGCAAAUAAUGUGUGGAACACUUUGUUGGAACCGGUUAAUAAUAAGACUAGUACUUGGAAUCCUUUGUAUGAAAAAUUUGCGUGCCCUACUACAGAAAGACCAUUCUUGAUGACGCGUGAAAAUUCAAAGGGGAUCAACGAAGUGAAAGGAUAAAGAUUUUUUUCCAAUUGAAGAUGUGUCUCGCUGAUUUUGAAUCAAAGAAGACGAUUUAGUGAUUUAGCUAACUCAAAGUGCCAUUUUAGUCCACGAUUAAAUUUUU